AUGGCCGAGCUGCUGAGGCUGCUUCUGCGGGUUUCUGAGAAAGCCGCCAACGUGGCUCGAGUCUGCAGGCAGGAGGCGCCUCUCUUCCAGCUUUUAGUCCAAGAAAAGACCGGCGAGGACAAAAACAAGAAGUUUGUUCAGGACUUCAAGACGCUGGCAGAUGUGGUGAUCCAGGAGGUGAUCCGGCACGAUGUCGGCGCUCAGUUCCCUGAGAUUGUUGACUUUAUUCAGGGAGAGGAAUCCAACAAGUUUGAAAAUGGACUUGGGGAAAGCGUGACCGUGACGGUGCGCGAUACCGAGGAGGAAACCGCAGCGCUCCUGGCCACGGUGCUGGACGGCGAUCUGGCGGCGGCGGCGCUCCUGGCGCGAGCCAUCCACCGAGACCCGGCCGCCGUCGACGCGGACGGACCGAACGUGCCGCUCCGCGCCUCGGAGCUCGGCAUCUGGAUCGACCCGAUCGAUGCCACCAGCCAAUACAUAGAAGGCCGCGAGGAGGCGCCGGAGGAGGGCCGCCUAUCGCCUUCGGGUCUCCAUUGCGCUCUGGUCCUCAUCGGGGUUUACCUCCGCAGCACGGGCCAGCCUGUCAUGGGCGUCAUCAACCAGCCGUUCAACCGCAAAGACCCUGCGAGUGGAAGGUGGCAGGGGAAGCUGUUUUGGGGCGUGUCCUGCGGCGACGUCAACGCGUGCUCGGUCACGCGCGCCAAAAGCGGACCAGUAGAGCGUCGGGCGCCGUCGGUGGUGCUGAGCUCCAGCGAAAAGCGGGCGGUGAAGGACGCGCUGUCCUCGCUGUGCGGACCGGAGAAGCUGACGUACGCCUCGGGAGCCGGCUAUAAAAUCCUAUGCGUCAUUCAGGGCUCGGCCGACGCCUACGUCCUCUCGGAAGGGAGCACCUUUAAGUGGGACUCGUGCGCGCCUCACGCGCUCCUGCGAGCUCUCGGCGGGGGCGUGGCGGACCUGACGGAGAGUCUAAAGAGCGCUUCCGAGGCGACCGUGGAACUGACGUAUCACCGGCCCAACGCCCGGGGCAAAGGUGCUGACCGCUGGGCCAAUUGCGGAGGCCUGGUGGCUUACGGAGACUCUUCUCAGCUAAGCGCCAUCUUGGAAGCUCUGAGAGGAAAGCUCUAG